AUGUCUUCAACGAAACCAUGCGGGGGAUGCCCUACCCCGACGAUCGACAACAGCAUCAUUAACCCGACGCCAUUUGCUACCAACAGCAUCACCACCGACGCUAGCGGGUGCUCGGUAUUGACGUUGGCUUGCACCGGUACUGGUCCCGGCUUAGCGUACGUCGCGGAGAAUGUUUUCAUCAAGUUCCCCGGAGCAACGAUUGCCGUCGGCUGCUCGACC